AUGGACAGAAUUACUGGUACGGGCUUAGUAGCUUUCAUCAUCGUUGUACUACUCAACGAUGCCUGUGGCAAAUCGAAGACGGUCCAAGACCAUGGUGAAGAAAUAAAAAAGUGUUUUGAAAUGACCGCGAACCACUGGCUAAUCGGAUACGCCACGAAAGUAUCGACAGUGAAGCUGGAGAACGAGUGUCCGCGUCAAUGCCUAGAAGCACAGGUGAAGGACAACUUUGUGUGCAAGUCUGCGGUAUACUUGGCAGAAGAUCAUACUUGCAUACUGAGCACCGAAGAUCGACACAGUCAGCCAGAUAUUUUCAUCGAGUCGCACAACGAUAGUAGGUCCCCUGUCCAUUAUUACCAGAACCUCUGCACAUGGUCUAGCAUGAAAAGAGCUAUUAAAGAUGAUGCGAUAGCUGCUCGUUCUCUUUUCACCAUUGGCAAAUAUCUGAAAGGAUAUAUGGAAUUUGUACAAAACAUGAAAGACGGACAAAUCACGUUCACCGGGAUUUUGACAGACCUCAAACCCGGCGCGAAUUUCACGGCUGAUAUUUCGAAGCUGGAGAAAAUAACACCGUGUGAAAAAAUUAGGAGAUGGAAAGAACACAGCCAGGGAGAAAAUACAUUACUUUCAGCCGAAUUUUAUCGGAUGAACGCGGAUGCCACCGGCAUGGUGGUGAUUACACCUAGAAAAUUGACGGCCAACAUAAGGCCCCUGCAGAACUUGCUUCGACUACGAAGGAAGCUACAUUGCCCCUUGAAUUGUCAGCCCCUGAAAGGUGAAGGCUGGCAAGUUGCCAUUACCAGAACCUUGAACAAUCUAAACGUACUGAUGGCAUGCCUGCAAGAAAGCGACAAAACAAAGAUGAAAUCAUAA